AUGAAUGCCUCCAUCAUACAGGAACACCUCCUUCAGACCAUCAUCUUUCUGAGCAUCUUUCCUCCAGUCAAAGAGUUUAAACUCAAUGUUCUCCUUGAGGAACACUGUCCCGGUGGUGUUAAAGUGGUUGUGAAAGAAGACAGUGAUGUGGUGUUACCCUGUUCUCUCAGCACCAAGGAGAACAUUGUACCAGGGGUGUUUGUCUGGAGGAAAGUUGCUCAGAAAGAUGAUGGUCUGAAGGAGGUGUUCCUGUAUGAUGGAGGCAUUCAUUACAACAACGGUCGAGGUGGUCAGAGUGAAGAGUUCAAAGGUCGAGUCUCUCAUUUUCAAGAUGAACUGAAACACGGCAACGCCUCCAUAAUCAUCAGAAAUACAAAGAUAUCUGACAGUGGAGUCUACACCUGUGGUUUCCCACGUCUUGAGCCACGUCAAACAUUCAACAUUGAACUUGUUGUUGAACAAGUCUUCAAAGACAGAUCAGGAGAAAUCCCAACUGCCUCUCCAGAACCGUACAUCAGGACUCUGAAAGCAACAGCUGACUGGGACCUGCUGCAGUGUGAGGUCCAAAGGGCGGCUCCAAAACCUAAACUAGAGUGGCAGGACAGUGCUGGAAACACACUUCCUGCUGAGGAGACAUGGACCUCAGAAAGAGGAGGCAGCUACUACAUCACCCUCAACACUACUGUGACCAAGACAGACAACUACAGUUGUGUAGUAACACAGGAGGAAAUCAGUCAUCAGACUCACGCUGAGACCUUUGUUCAUAUCAGUGGGAAAGAGUGUGAGGACUCCUCCAGUAAAGUGGCCGGAUGGAUGAUUGGUGGAGUGGUUCUGGGAGCUCUGAUUGUUGUUGCAGUUCUAGCUCUGCUUGUUGUUACAAAGGUCAUCACAAUACACUGCAAUAAAGGUUCUCAUCAGGAGGAAAUAGUGUAA